AUGACAUAUUUCUCAAAGACAUCUCCCGGCUGUAGUGAAAAAGUUGGAGAUGACCUUCAUCCAACAGAGUCUCAGAUCCAUGGCGAAGUCAUCGACAACGAGGCUGGCAUGGCCCGUCUGGCGGGGGCCAAGCAGACACAGCGCCAUCUCCGCCCUCGUCACAUCCAACUGAUGGCUCUUUCAGGUGCCAUCGGCACAGGCCUCUUUGUCGGAUCCGGAUCUGCCCUCGCUAGAGCUGGACCCCUGGGUCUUUUCCUGAGAUACAUGAUCUACUCGCUGCUAGUCUGGUCCACCUUCAACGCUAUGGGAGAGAUGUGUGUUUGGCUUCCCAUCGAUGGCUCUUUUGUCUAG